UUGGUCACCCAAGAGGAUCUCAGGCCAUGUAGUAGCAAGCACGAGCCGACGCACAGAGGCAGUGGUAAACAGGAGGUUAGUCAGAGACGCACAGAGGCAGUGGUAAACAGAAGGUUAGUCAGAGACGCACGCCAAGAGAGGGAAAGAUGGAUACACCAGACAGGUGUUCACAGGGCUAGGGCUGAACAGGUGCCACUAAGGUAGGUGAGAACAGUUGUUGUUGAAGACAACAGCAGCGUUUCUACGAGUCUACUGUAGAGUGAGAGGGCAAGGACAGCUCUGCCCGGGUGAAGCUACUGAGCAGGAGGAGCAAGAGGAGGCUGUGUUUGUCGCAGCGAGCUGUUUCCGUGGGAACCAUGGCCACCCUGGGCAUGCAGAUGCUGGCGAGCUCGCUGGCGUUGCUGGGCUGGGCGGGCGCGCUGCUCACAUGCAUUCUGCCCAUGUGGCGGGUGACGGCCUACGUGGGCACCACCAUCGUCACCUCGCAGGUCAUCUGGGAGGGCAUCUGGAUGACGUGCGUGGCGCAGAGCACCGGGCAGGUCAUGUGCAAGCCGUACGAGUCCACGCUGGCGCUGGGCACCGACCUGCAGGCCGCCCGGGCGCUCACGGUCUUCGCCCUGCUCGUGGCCAGCGGAGGACUCCUGCUGGCCUUCGUCGGGGGCAAGUGCACCCGCUUCCUGGACGGCCAGGACAAGAGCAAGAACCGGGUGCUGCUCGCUGCCGGAGUUACACUGAUCAUCGCCGGGGUCCUGUGCAUCAUCCCGGUGUCGUGGACCGCCGGGGCGGUGGUGCGGAAGUUCUAUAACCCCCAGGUGUCGGACUCUCAGCGCCGAGAACUCGGGGCGGCAGUGUACAUCGGGUGGGGGUCUUCCAUCCUCUUCUUCCUGGCGGGGGGGAUGUUCUGCAGCUCGGCCUGCUCCCAGAAGCCCUCCGAGGACAACACGCCCUCCGUGAAGUACGUCCUCGUGCGCUCAUCCGCUAACGGCAGCUCCAGACGCACCCCGGGCCCGUCCGUUCGCACCCUCCCAGAGGGCAGCCAGUGGGGCAAGCAGCCCAUCACCAUGGCGAAGCUCCCCAGCAGCCAAGCACCGUCUGCGGGGACCAACUACAGCAAAGCACCCUCCACCAAGUCCCAGCUCCCCAGGCCUAUGUCACCCCAGUCCGAGGUGAGUGAGGGGCCCUCUACCAAGUCCCAGCUGCAGAGGGCUGACUCCAAUAAGAGUGUGGAGUCUCUGACCAAGUCUCAGCUCAAUGACACAGCUCCAUUCACAGAUGAGCCUCCAAUGACUCCUACAAAGACUUACAUCUGACUGACAGCGUUUUUCUUCAAGGCACUGCCACAUUAUAUUCUAGUUCAAAUCACCCUUAUUGGACCAGUUGUGCACUUGGACUUUGUACUCUUCUUGCGGGCCAGUCAAGAGUGAAAAUAUAUAUUUAAAAUGAAGCUGUUGAAAUAUAUAUGUUUUUCUUAAUGUUCAAAUGUAUGUCUAGUUAAAUGAAGGAAAGAUCAUUGAUGUCAUUUCAUAGUGCCCUUGUGUGUUCUUUGAUUUGUGAUAUAAACAGUACUAAAACAUUAAUGUGAAUUGUGACUGGUACUUUCUAUCUUGAUGUUAUUACUUUUUCAGCUAUUGCACAUUUGAUCUUGAAAUAGUUUUUAUUAAAUGUCCUCUGAAAUGUUAUCCUGCAGCUAUUUGAAUGUUCACUUUGAUGUUAUCAAAAUAAAAGUUUUUCCAUUUCUA